GGACCGGCUCGGGUUUGACAAUUAAAUAUUUGCCCUAUACUGCACCCGGCUAAAGUUUAAAAACUUGGGCUCUAGUCGGGAUUAAUUCGCGGUGUAGUUCAGAGCGAGUCAAGUUUUUGGCGCCGUUGUUGGGGAACCGCGGUCCAUUAUUUGGAAAAGGUCGCUUAGUGUUACUCUAGAAUUUUCUAUCUUGCCUUUUUGUUUGUGUUUCGUGUGUGUUUUGUUUGCCACUCUUCGUCUUGAAGGGUGGUUUGUGUGCGUUUGAUUUUGCUUUUUACUGUUUUUGUGUUUGUAGGUAUUGGAUCAUAGAUCCUUAUGAUUUUGCCCAAGUGUGGGGGUAUCCACCAACACCCGAGAGUGGUUAUCCAGGAACUUCAUGGGACGAUCAAGAAGGGGGAAGUUAAGGAUUCGGAUUCUACUACCAACCUCCCUUCCAAGAAGAGCAACCAUGCUCAUGGGGAUACCAAGAAGCUUCCCCAUAUCAAGAAGGUUUCCCUCCACAACUCGAGGUGAAAUCCAAGUUGGAGUUGGCAUGGAGGCAUUCAUGGGAAAAACCUCAAGACCAUGUUCCACUCCACAACCAGAGCCAAAGAGCAAAUUAGAGCUCAUGGUGGAGCGAUUUGCCCGGGGCACCGAUGAAGAGUGCUCUAGCAAGGACCUCCCAAUUACCAACCUUUUCGGCUCAACCUUUCUUCGGGAAUCAGAGGAGCUCCUUCGAAACAUGGAGAGGCUAGGAAUGCUUGUUGAGUAAGCAUGUGCACAACUUGCUCACAAUUGCCUCCUACCAUUAUAAGAAGGAAGGGAGGUCGAAGAGGCAAGCCAUGGUGACUUUGGAAGAUGAGCUCCUACAUGGAUUUCCAUCCCCUUCCUACACCCGAUUUGACACUUGAAGAGAAGGUGGCACGAGCUUGUGCAAGCUAUUGCCUCUCAUCAUUGGAGGAGAAAGAGGAGGUUGAAGGAGCGAUCAAUGACAACUGUGUGGAGCAAGACGAACUCACCCGGGAGAGCUCCCAUGGUGAGGAUGCACAUGAGGGUUGCGUUGAUGACUUUCACACCCUUCCCGAGAGCAACUUUGAAGAUCAAGUCACGAGUAUGGAGGAGCAAGAGAAUCCUUUUUAUGAUCUUGCAUGGCAUCUUGCCCUCCAAACCGUGCUUGAGAGCAUGAAUGGGAAGGAGAAGGAAGAUGUUUAAGAGGAGGAAGAAAACAUUGAAAAAGGGGAAGAUCUUGAUUGUUCCCAAAGGGAGGAAAGUGAAGAAGAAGGAACAAGUGGUGUCCAAGAUGAGGACGAGGUCGGGGUGGAUGAAGCAUCCACGAGUUACACAUGCUACCAAUGUUUUCUACCCUACCUUGACGCGCUUUUGGAGAAUGACCAAUUUGCGGCUCUUUGCCAAGCCAAGGCCAAACCAUCGGAGAUCCCUCUUGGUGGAUGCGAUGGAAGUCAAUCAAUGAUGAACUACAUGGUGUGGGGCAAAGAGAAAGAAGAAGAAGAGGUCUCAUGGGUGGAGCCUCAUGACAACUCAAGUUCACGAUCCCUCAAUCAUGGAUUCGUCCAAAGCUCGUGACUUGAGACUUCAUCUCACCAACGAGAACCUCAACUUCAAGGAGGUUCUUGGGUGGACCGAAACUUGAGGAGCAACCGUCCGGCUCACGACGUUAAAGAAGCACUUGGUGGGAGGCAACCCAACCAUCAACCGAUUGCAUCUUUUUUCCUUUCAAUAAUACGACCAAUGGAGAGCUUUUGGUGGUGUUUUGUCGUCUCCUUGCUCUCCCGGAUCUCACCUGGCCUCCGCUCCCGAACACUAACAUUCGCCACUAUCCGGUAAAUCGUUCUACUUCCUUAUAUACGCCAUCGAGGGCAAUGUCGAGAUUAAGUGUGGUGGGGGGGGGGGGGGGGGGGGGGUAGUCCAUUAUGCAUGUGUGUGAAUGUUUGGUGUGAUUUUGAAUGCUUGGAGCCUAGUUGUAUGCCCAAAUUUUUAUAAUUUGAGGGCUCCAAGCAUAGUAACUUCUACAUUUGCAUGAUCAUAGCAGCACUUGUGUUGUUUUGUUUUGAAUCUCGUGGGUAUUAGCAAGACCUAUGGAUGGUUUGCUUGUGAUUAUAUGCAACCUAAGAUGACGAUUGAGACUUGUAUUAUGUUUGUGAGCCAAUAGAUGUUUUGAAUCGAUUACUUGCUUUUCACAGUUGCAUAUGCAUCGAGUUUAGGGAGUUAGAACGAAUGAUUGAGCUCUUGUGUGAUAGAUCCCCCUUACAUGAUGUGUAACAUUCACUUUUAGUCAAUUCAGAUUGCAGGUGGGUUACGUAUUGUAUUGAACUGACGGUUUACUUAAGUAGGGCAUGUUCUGACACCUCUAGUCACCAUAAGCUUUAUUUUAGAAUGUUAAAUAUCAUAUCUUUUCAAUAAAUAACGGUAAUUUAUUUGUCGUUCAUCUCGAAAGACGAAAGCAAUCGCAAACACUCUUGUUGGAAAAAUGUAGUCUUUGAAGUUGCUGGAGAAAGUGCCAUCAAUGGUGAAGGAUGGGAUGACUUAUUAUCAGUAAUGAGUGAUGCAUGGUUAUCACGUAUUUGAGGUCGCUUAAUAAAUAUUUUGGGGUUUGGUUAGCGGCUAUUUAAGAGAUCGAUUAGUAAUGAUAAUGAGAGUAAAAGUAAUGAUUGCGA